AUGGCUUCUGCUCUGUAUGUCCUAUUCUCACAACAGCAGUUACAAAGGUUCAAACGUUCUCUGUCACUCAAGACCAUCCUGCGCAGCAAGAGCGUGGAGAACUUUUUUCUGCGCUCUGGUAAUGAGUUCAAGCUGCCCUCCGAUGUCCUGCUCAGCCCUCCUGAUUCCGUGCCACCCCCUUCUCCACCCCCAGCUCCCUCUGAAGUAGAAUUCUCCCCCAGAGUCCUUCACAAGUCCCUGGGGACCCUCAAACCCAUGAAGACUCACAGCUUCCAGGAACACAUCUUCAAGAAACACAAUCCUUGUGAAAUUUGCCAUCAGCUGAUUGUAGGAAACUCCAAGCAAGGCCUACGAUGCAAGACAUGCAAAGCGAGUGUGCAUCUGUGGUGUUCAGAAGAAGUUUCCCAUCAGCAGUGCCUGGGCAAGACACAGGCAACCUCUUUCCGCCGUAAUCUUAGUUCUCCUCUGCUGCUACAUGAACCACAGCCACAACCAGUGCCAGCCAAGGAAUCUCCUCCUGCAGCAGGCCCCAGUGGAAAGGUAGAUCCCGUUUAUGAGACUUUGCGCUACGGCACUUCACUGGCCUACAUGAAUCGCUCCAGCUUCAGCAGCACCUCAGAAUCCCCCACCAAGAGUCUGAAUGAGAAGGAAGAACUAGUUCAGAACACAGAAGGCUCAACAGCCAGUGGACCAACAGCAGAGGAAAAUAUGACUGAUAAUGUUUUCUCAAUGGCCACAGAAGGCGAGAACCCUGUAUUGGAGGAAAAGAACUCAGGGCAACAGCCAUCUCAAGGCUCUACACGGAAAGAGGUCUCACCCAUGUAUUCUUACGUUGCUCUAUACAAGUUUCUGCCUCAGGAGAACAAUGAUCUGCCACUGAAGCCAGGAGACCGAAUCAUGCUGAUAGAUGAUUCUAAUGAAGAUUGGUGGAAGGGGAAGAUGGGAGACCGCAUUGGCUUUUUCCCAGCCAAUUUUGUCCAGCGAGUUCGCCCAGGUGAAACUGUCUGGAGAUGCUUCAGGACUUUCUGUGGCAACAAAGAACAGGGACAGCUGAGCCUUAAAGAAAACCAG